UGUGCAUUGGGACAAAAGGGAUGCUGUGGGAUCGAAAGAGCUCACUUGUGUCGAGGUCCAGGCACGCAGCUGGCGCUUAACGAGGACGGCGUGGUGACCCCUAGUGGGCUGCUGCCUUCCUGCUUCUUCCUGGCAGUCCCCAGCCGCGGUCCUUGGGACACGAAGUGGACUGAAUCACCACUUCCAGAAGGCGGGGAGCAUUGGACCCUGUUCCUGAGAUUCUCCAUCAGUAGCUGCUACGGCGUGGUCCCUUCCGUCCUCCUGAAAUUGCCCUGCAGCACGACCCCACCGGUCCGCUCAUCAUCCAAUGCACCCACUUCAGUGCCCAGCGCACGUGUGGACUUAGGCCCCACUGGAAACGCAUCAGAACAGCGAGGGGAGGCUGCAUCUCCGUCCAGCGGGGAGGGACUGGGAGGCAGCUGUCACGAAGGCCCGGGCACCCCGGCUCGUCUCUGCCACGUAAACCUCUCCCAAGUGGUGAGAUCUGCCCGGGUGGCAGCGGGGACCCUGAGCGAGGCCCAGCCCCCCCCCCACUGCUGCCAAGAGGCGGAGGGCCGCCUCCGGGGGGCCUCCCUGGGGACAGGCCCCGGUUGCCCCCGGCUCACUGCGGGCCAAGGAAAGGUGUUCUCAGGUGAAACUCGGUCUGUUGGCACCCGGGUUCUCCCUAAAAGUGUCCUUUGGCAGGGGCCCCAGCUCCCACUGGCUCUAACGAUGGACAGCUCGAUUUGGGGGAAACGUCAGGGCCAGCGGUCAGAGUGUCGCCGUGCUGCGUCUCCUCAGUCACGGUGGGGCUUGCCUGCGAAGCUGAUACCACCUCUGUCUCACCAGCCAGGACACGGAGAUGCCGGGAGGUUACGGACUCCCCAGCCCUGCAAGCAUUCCCCACCCACCCCCGUCCCAGAGAGUGUCCAGGGAGCUCGUGUUUCCUGCCCCAAGAGGCGUCCACCGGAAGCAGAUGAGCGGUCCAGCUGUGGGUUCGGUGGAGACGGGCAGCUGCGGGCGCCCCUGCGCGCGGGCGUUCUGAGCAGGCAGGACCUCGGAGCUGCCCGUGGGGGUGAGCUGACCCCCACCGGAUCAGCCGCUGGAUACAGGCCGCUCGUCUCCCCUGAGGCCUUUGAAACAUUUGCUCUCAGGAAAAAAGUGCUAGUGAUGUAUCUGCCCCCCGCACCUCUACUCCAGCUUCUCAGGGUGGCCGUAUUAGUGGGACCCUUUUGCAUGCAAAUGAGUGAAACCCGGUCACCCUGGUUUAAGGGGCACGGAGGGUCCCAGGGGCCCUGUCACUGCGCAGUCUGGGGGCGGGUGGCGUCCCUCGGCCUGGCGCACUGGCCCAAACUGGGCAGCACGACCACCUCCCUCCUUCCCCAGGGCCCACCACACUCCCCUGCUUCUGCCCCGCGCUGCCUGCUGGUUUUCCCCUCAGCGGGCUCUCUUCGUGGGGCGGGUCUUCGUGGGGAGGGCUUUCCUGGUGGCUCCGGCUCACAGCUCCCUGGUCUGCGGUUCCAGUUCAAGCGAAGGUGGUCAGCGCUGCCCUCUCCUGAAUCACGUCUGCGCUUUCAAGCCAGAGGAAAGCCGUGUCCCCCGGCUGGGCCUCGCUACAUGGCCACCCCGGGGCGUCAGGAGGAGCUGGUCAGCCCUGGGGGAAGACGACGUGCCUUUUCCAACGGGAGGGACAGCGGGGGCUGGCCCGGGGGCCCACCUCUUCCUCUCAGAGGUCUCAAAGGCCUGCAGGGAGGCCAGGAGCGCUCACACCUGCUGGCCAUCGGCGGGGGCAGGGGGGCACCAGAUUUCCUUCCUGCUACAUUCGAAAUGGGGCUUUCGUCCAUCACUGAGAAGUCUUCACAGGGCACCUGCUCUGGGCCCAGCCCAAGCGGGGCCGGUACUGAGGAGAUGCAGGUCACAGCCGUGCUGCCCUCAGUGUGAUGCCAGCCAUGUGUGAGGCAUGCUUUCCAGCAGCCUCGUUGAAAAAGUAAAAGGACAGGGAGAUCAGCUCGGUGCUUUGUGACCA